AUGGCAUUCUUUUUACUCGCUGACAGUGGCAAUCCCUUAUCUGAGGUUGUGGGACAUGUGGUAUCUGCUGAAGGGAUUAGAGUUGAUCCGAAGAAGAUUGAGGUGAUUGUUCAAUGGAAGGCACCAAGGAUUGUAUCUGAGGUACGUAGCUUCCAAGGAUUAGCUGGAUACUAUAGGAGAUUUGUUAAUGAAUUUUUGAAAAUAGCAUUACCGAUGACAGAGCUGCUACAAAAGAAUGUUCCUUUCAUUUGGGAUGAUCAGUGCCAGAGGAGUUUUGAGACAUUGAAGCAAAUGUUAACCAAGGCACCAGUUCUGACCUUACCGGAGUCAGGAAAGGACUUUGUUGUAUACAAUGAUUUCUCUGAGCAGUUUGGGCUAUGUAUUGAUGCAAGAUGGAAAAGUAAUAGCUUAUGCAUCUCGACAGCUGAAGCCACAUGA